UCAAUCACCGUGUGACUUCACUCUCAGUUUUUAUUAUUAUUUUAUUAAAAUUCCCCGUUACUUGCCGCACGUUCAUUAGGUGGUAGUUUUUAUUCGAUCACAUACGAAAAUUGGCCUCAAAUGUUGCACCCGGGAUGUGCCACAAUCGCCUACACUUGCAGGUACAGCGGUUUCUAGGAAGAUUCAGACGUUGGCCCAGCAUCGGCAAGGAGCCCGAACCCGCCGCCGCCGCCCCCACUGCCACUGUCCGCCGGAUGAACAUGGAGCUGCGAUCCAGGAUGCCGUCGAUCAGCGAAUGCGAACUGGACCCGCCCAUGGCCUGUGACAUACCCAACAGCGAAAUAAACAAGCCGGACAGGCGCCACUGGUCCACCCCUGGCCUCUCCUCGUCCGUCUGGUCACCAGCCGAGGUACACGAGGAGACCCAGCCCAAGGCGAUUGGUGGCAGACUUCGCCGCUUCGCCAAGGAGCCGGAGGCCAGGAGCUGCCUGCGAAGGCGCAACGAGUUGCUCAACCUCAAGAUGAGGGGCCUGGACAAGACCCCCCUCUGGUUGCAGGAGCCGCCCGCUUCUAAGGGAGGCGUCUGCACGAAGGAGGGGGGCGCGAAGCCGGUGCCCAAGUACAGUUUUCCGAACUUUAUCUGCAAUUCCGAGGAGACCAGGACGACAGAGCUGACACCGAAACCAUUGACCGAACAGAAGAACGAGCCGCCAGCUCCAGCUGCAUGUCUGUCCUCCAGCAACGUGGCGAUGAGGAACCGCGAGAAGUUGUUCGAGAUUACCAAGAGCCACUGGAGCCAGCUGAAGGAGCCAAGGCCCAGCAAGCAGUUCGAGGAUGAUUUCGACAAUCUGCGGCAGUGGCAGAAGAGCCAGAGCACCUCCAAGCUCCAGCAGGGAUACGUGCAGAAGCAGCAGCAGCAGCAGGAGCAGGACCUUAGCAGGAAGUGCGAGGCCAAGCGAAGGGCUCUUCUCGCCGCCGAAAGUCGAGCCACCGCCCGACGGCCCGAGCUGUUGGGGGAAGUGAGAGACGACCCUCAGGAGGCGCAGGAUGUUUGCUGGCCAGAAAAGAGCUGCCCGCACCUGAAGGACAACCACAUGUGCACGGUAAAGGCCAAGCAGGCGGUAGAGCGCCAUCAGAAAGCAAAUAAAAGCCUACGAGAAUCCUGCCCGAUCGCAGCGGAGAAGAAGGCGGCUCGCAGGCAGCAGAAGCAUCAGGAGGACAUGUGCAAGGACACUGCAAAGCAGAGAGAACAACAAAUCUUCAUGCUGGAGAGAAAGUGCAAGGAUAUCCUAGGGGAGCAGGCGCCACAGCGAGGCCUCGGCGAGGAGCUGCAGCUUCGAGAGGUGGAACGGCUGUCCAAGUACCUGAAUCUUCUCGAGCUGAAGAUGCUCCUGCAAAUGAAGAGCAAAUUCAAAAGGACGCAGAGUGGCAGGACAGAGAAUGGGCAGAAGCAGCUGCCGCAGGUGAAAAAGUGCCUGGAGAUCUGGGAGAAACAGGAGCUGGCGGAGAAAGGUAAAGAGCGAGGGAUCGACAGCGACUGCGAUGGCUUUGUGCUGCAACAGAUCGAGGAAAUCUCCAAGCUGUGCGCCGCCACGAAGGAAAAGUACGAGAGGCGGAGGAGAAGGCGUUUGGAAAGCGAGGCCCGAAAGAAGGAAGAGGAGGAGCGCAUCCGGAAAGAGGAAGCAGAGGCGGCUCUGAGAAAGAAGACAGCCGAGGCACUCCACAGGAUAUCGCUGAUCUCCGAUCUGAAGCAAAAGCGCAGGGAUAUCGCUACCAAACAGCAGCUCUUGCAGCUCAAACACUUGGAGAGGUCCAUGGAGGAGAAGCUGAAUGAAGAGAAGCAACGCAGGCGGGCGGAGCGUGACCAGACGAGGGCUGAGCACAAGCAGAGACUCAGGUAAAUGAAGCGAAUGGUGAGGCAGGGUCGCCUGAGCAUUACACAGGACUCGAGCACCCAGAGCCUCGUCAUCACUCCCGCCAUCUCCAAGUGGCGGCACAUGCUGGCGG